GCGGACCGGGCAACCCAGCGCGCAGCGGGAGCAUCGUUCGCUGUCCGGCUGACCCCGCGCCGAGUCCGGGCGGCUUGGGCCGCGGCCACACGCAGCGCCACGCGUUGAGAGUGCAGGUCCCGAAGACUCGCUGCACUGACAGCAUGAGCCGCACCGCCUACACCGUGGGAGCCCUGCUUCUCCUCUUGGGGACCCUGCUGCCGGCUGCGGAAGGGAAAAAGAAAGGCUCCCAGGGUGCCAUCCCCCCGCCAGACAAGGCGCAGCAUAAUGACUCGGAGCAGACUCAGUCGCCGCAGCAGCCAGGCUCCAGGAACCGGGGGCGGGGCCAAGGGCGGGGCACCGCCUUGCCCGGGGAGGAGGUGCUCGAGUCCAGCCAGGAGGCCCUGCACGUGACGGAGCGCAAAUACCUGAAGCGAGACUGGUGCAAAACUCAGCCGCUUAAGCAGACCGUGCACGAGGAGGGCUGCAACAGCCGCACCAUCAUCAACCGCUUCUGCUACGGCCAGUGCAACUCCUUCUACAUCCCCAGGCACAUCCGGAAGGAGGAAGGCUCCUUUCAGUCGUGUUCCUUUUGCAAGCCCAAGAAAUUCACCACCAUGAUGGUCACCCUCAACUGCCCUGACCUACAGCCGCCCACCAAGAAGAAGAGGGUGACACGCGUGAAGCAGUGCCGUUGCAUAUCCAUCGAUUUGGAUUAAGCUGGGCACACCCAGCCUGUCCUAGGGAUGCAGCCCCAGGUGGGCCAGACUUAAAGCAACCUGAUUCCUACUUGGCUUAAACCUAGAGGCAAGAACCACCAGGUCGUAGUUUGUAUGCAUGUGUGUGCAUGGGUGCCUGAGGGCUUUCAGAGACACCGAAACGGUCUCUGCUAUAGGGCACUUCCUAUUAUGUAAAUGUUUCCGCUUCAGCCAGGGAUGGCACGGAAAGCCCACCAGCCCUAAGGCACAGCCAGAGUCGCAGGGCUGUGGUCUGGUUCUGACAUUGUCUUUCAGGUGCCCUCCUGGGAACCGGAGAAUCUCUAUUCUGAAUGAGCCUUAAUAGAAAAGGCUACUCUGAGGGGGAGAGACCUGUUUUAUUGCCGCGUUAGACUUGAAAAAGUUACUUCAACCUGUGCUUGCUUCCUCUCUUUCUCCUCCCUUCCACAAUCCAUCCCUUUUAGGUUCUUAGUGGCUAAUUCAGUGUAUUCCCAUAUCUGCCAAGGUUUCUAAAUUAAUUCCCUUGACCAUGGACAUAAAUGUUUUCCAUUUUGCAGAGACGCUCCAGACUGAGGGAAGCUGGUGUGGCUGAGUACAAGAUGGAUAGAGGAAUACUAGAGGGGGGGAUUGAGGGCGGGAACCAUUGGGCCCAGCAAAAUUCAUCAGGGAGAUGGGCAGAGGCUUGGCAGGCAACCCUGCAAACACAGGGAGACCCAUGCUUCAGCAAAAGUUUUCCCUGGUAUUUAGUAGUUCCCCAGUGAAUGGGAGAAAUGAGACUAUUAAAAAAAAAAAAAAAAAAAGCCAUUAACUUUGGGUAUCCCUGUGAU